AUGAUGCUGCAGCUGCUAAUGGCUGUUUGUCUCGGUGCCCUAUGUGCCCAAGGAAAAACAGUUUCCAACUUCGAUCAUUAUGACUGCGCACAAGUUCCCGCUGAGACUACGAGAUGGAAGGCCACGGUUUCUCUCACAAAGCCCGUAUAUUUGGUUGAGGCUGUUGGAGGAGAGGUCACCUUCAUUCAGGACGAUGGCCAGUACCUGGAGAUCGUUGGCACCGAGCAGAAACCCAACAAUUAUGUGUGCCUCAGCAUCCACGGGAAGUACUCCGGCGAAGCUCCCAAAGCUGUAGUUCAUGUGAAGCCUUUGAAAUCUUCCAGUGACGUCACGACCAGGGAAAUUAGGAGCAUCAAAAUCCGAAGAGCUACCGAUGUUUGGCACCUGAGUUCUGUGCCAUCUACAAGUAACAUCAAGACGCUGCUGCAAGGAUUCGAGCCAUACGUCCAUAAGUGGGGAGAUGACUCAAUGUCUUCCAGCACUGCACAUAUAUCGUCUCCAGCUCUUGCAGUCCAUUAUGCCAAAGGAAGUUACUCUCAAACAAAGAAUGUUAGAGGUGUCGGCUUGUUCACUACUCCCAAUGGCUUGUCAUCGAGUGCCGAUGAUCUAGUUUUAAACUACGACAUCUACUUUGACAACUUUGGUUGGGGUCGUAUGGGUAAGCUCCCGGGCCUCUACGGAGGUGUUCAAGGUGAAGGAGCAUAUCAGUGCUCCGGGGGCAACAACCCGUCUACCUGCUUCUCACUGAGACUUAUGUGGCGCUCUGGAGGCGAUGGUGAGCUGUAUGCCUACAUUCCCAGCAACCAGGAGUCCGGAUUUAACGACCGUGAUGACGUUAUCGCCAACUCUGACUAUGGUCAGUCAAUUGGUAGAGGAAAGAUUCGCUUCCAGAACGGAGUCUGGCAGACUGUGACAGAACAAGUUCAUCUCAACACCAUUGGACACACCGACGGAUGGGUAAAGUUUUGUAACCAGGUCCACGGAGGAGGUAGCCAGCAGUGCUACACAGCUAGCAACCUGCGCAUGCGUAACAGUGCUGGUCAUCAUCUUCGGGGUCUGUUCUUCUCCACGUUCUUUGGAGGCAGCCAGCCAGACGAUGCAGCUCCUAAUGAUUGCCACACCCACUUCAAGGAACUGCGUAUCCAAGUCCCUGAUGGCGCGGUGGUUGGCUGA